GUAUUCUAUGUAAGGAUGUCCCAAAUUGUUUGUUUUCUUUGAAAAGUCAAAGAACCAAUGCUGGAGAGCAGAAAUAGAAGCGGAAACAUUCCUCCCUCUGGCACUGUGGCACAUCCUAACCUUUCAGCCAUGGCAGAAACAUGCGCAGCAACAAACAGGUAUGCAGUUGUUACAUGGGCCAACAAAGGACUAGGAUUUGAAAUCUGUAGGCAAUUAGCUUCAAAUGGAAUCACUGUGGUAUUGACAGCCAGUGAUGAGAAAAGAGGUACUGAAGCUCUAGAGAAACUCAAAGGGUCUGGACUCUCUGAUCGUGUGGUGUUUCAUCAGCUUGAUGUGGCCAACCCAUCUAGUAGUGCUUCCCUUGCUGAUUUUGUCAAGACCCAGUUUGGGAAGCUUGAUAUCUUGGUGAACAAUGCUGGAAUUGGUGGGGCCAUCAUUGAUUGGGAUGCUGCCGCUGCUGGGUCUAGAGACCAAGUAAAUUGGAAUGAGUUGAUUACUCAGACUUACGAGUUGGCGAAAGAAUGCUUGGAAACAAACUACUAUGGAGCAAAAGUGAUGAUUGAAGCAUUUAUUCCCCUCCUCCAGUUAUCUGAUUCCCCGAGAAUUGUCAAUGUUUCUUCUGACAUGGGAAAGUUAAAGAAUAUACCAAGUGAACGGGUUAAAGGAGUAUUGAAUGAUGCUGAAACCCUCACAGAAGAUAAAAUAGACGAGUUACUAAACGAGUUUCUCCAAGAUUUCAAGGAGAACUCAUUAGAAAACAAAGGUUGGCCCGCCUUUUCCUCUGCUUAUAUAGUAUCCAAAGCAGCUAUGAACGCAUAUACAAGAAUUCUGGCCAAGAAUUAUCCCACUUUCCGCAUCAACUGUGUAUGCCCUGGUUAUGUCAAAACAGAUGUGAACAACUACAGUGGUAUUUUUAGUGUAGAAGAAGGUGCUGGACAUCCAGUGAGAUUAGCAUUGCUUCCUGAUGAUGGUCCCACUGGCGUCUUCUAUGUUCAGAAAGAAGUAGCUUCUUUUGUUGGUUGUACUAUUUCAGCAUUUGCCAUUACCUGCAACUGGUCUGGUUUUGCUCAUCUUUCACUUGUCGACAUCUUGGAAGAGGAGAAUUUUUGCACUGAUGUGAAGAGGGAAAGUCGGAUUCAACUGUACGUGUGGGGUUUUGUCUGUCACAAUAUAAAAUGCAAGGGCCAAAUGGGAGUUGACGUAAUUUACAGGAGCUUGUGGAGGAUUCCUCAUCCUCAAGCACAUCCCAACUUGUUCACCAUGGCUGAAACAAGGUAUGCAAUUGUUACAGGGGCAAAUAAGGGAAUAGGAUUUGAAAUCUGUAGGCAAUUAGCUUCGAAUGGAAUCUUGGUGGUGUUAACUGCAAGAGAUGAGAAAAGGGGUACUGAAGCUAUUGAGAAACUCAAGGGGUUUGGCCUCUGUGAUCUUUUGGUGUUUCAUCAGCUUGAUGUAGCCAACCCAUCUAGUAUUGCUUCUUUGGCUGAUUUUAUCAAAACCCAAUUUGGGAGGCUAGAUAUCUUGGUGAACAAUGCUGGGAUUCUGGGGGCCACGGUAGAUUGGGAUGCCUUUAAAAUUUCACGUGAUGCUGGCAGUGAGAUCAAAGCGAAUGAAGCUAUUACUCAGACUUACGAGCUGACAAGAGAAUGCUUGGAAACGAACUUCUAUGGAGCAAAAAGGAUGAUUGAAGCAUUUAUUCCCCUCCUCCAGUUGUCGAAUUCUCCAAGAAUCGUCAAUGUUUCUUCUGAGCGGGGAAAGUUAAAGUAUAUAUCUAGUGAAUGGGCUAGACGAGUGUUGAAUGACGUCGAAGGCCUUAGAGAAGAGAGAAUUGAAGAGGUAUUGAACGCGUUUCUUAAAGUUUUCAAAGAGGGUUCAAUAGGAACCAAAGGGUGGCCUCCUCUCUGGCCUGCCUAUAAAGUAUCCAAAGCUGCGUUGAACUCGUAUACAAGGACUUUAGCCAAGAAGUAUCCAACUUUUCGCAUCAACUGUGUUUGCCCUGGUUUUGUGAAAACAGAUUUAACCAACAAUAACGGCAAAUUGGGCGCAGAAAAAGGCGCGGAAAGUGUCGUGAUGUUAGCCCUGGUGCCUGACGACGGUCCUUCUGGCCUCUUCUUUGAUCGGAAAGAAGUAGCAUCUUUUGUUGAAUGGUAUAAACAUCUUGAGCCUGUAAACCCGGACACAAAUGCUCACACGAUCAGGCUAAAUGUCUUCAGAUGUCCCGAGCCGCACUAUGUUAACAUGCUUGGCCACUUGUCAGAUAUGGCAGAAACAAAAAGGUAUGCCAUUGUUACGGGGGCAAACAAGGGAAUAGGAUUUGGAAUCUGCAGGCAAUUAGCUUCUAAUGGAAUCAUGGUGGUAUUGACAGCCAGAGAUGAGAAAAGGGGUACUGAGGCUCUUGAAGAACUCAAAGGGUUUGGCCUCUCGGAUCUUGUGGUGUUUCAUCAGCUUGAUGUAACUAACCCAGCUAGUAUUGCUUCUCUUGCUGAUUUUAUCAAGACCCUGUUUGGAAGGCUAGAUAUUUUGGUGAACAAUGCUGGAAUUGGUGGGGUUAUGAUGAAUUCGGAUGCUGUAAAAGCUUCAAGGGCCGAUGCUGGCGGGUCAGGAGGCCAAACAACGAUGAUUCAGACUUAUGAGCUGGCCAAAGAAUGCUUGGAAACAAACUAUUAUGGAGCAAAACGGAUGAUCGAGGCUUUUAUUCCCCUGCUCCAGUUAUCUGGUUCGCCAAGGAUUGUCAAUGUUUCUUCUGGGAUGGGCAAGUUGGAGAAUAUACCCUGUGAAUGGGCUAAAGGAGUGUUGAGUGAUGCCGAAAGCCUUACAGAAGAGAAAAUUGAUGAAGUACUGAAUAAGUUUCUCAAAGAUUUCAAAGAGGGUUCAUUAGAAACCAGAGGAUGGCCUCUUUUUUUGCCUGCCUAUAAAGUAUCUAAAGCAGCCAUGAAUGCGUAUACAAGAGUUGUGGCCAAGGAUUAUCCAACUUUCCGCAUCAACUGUGUCUGCCCUGGCUUUGUCAAAACAGAUAUAAACAACAAUGCUGGCAUACUGAGUGUAGAGGAAGGGGCUGCAAGUCCCGUGAGGCUAGCCCUGCUUCCUGAUGAUGGUCCCACUGGCUUCUUCUUCGUUCGAAAAGAAGUAUCAUCUUUUGAAUGAGUGUUAUACUAUUACUUGCUCCAAUCUCUCAGGUGCAAGUACAUACAACCUGUGUGCGAUAUGCCAGAAGAAAAUCCUCUUGUUAUUUAUGUAACCAUUGUCAUAAACAGCAGGAUAACUAAACCUUACGGCGAAUCUUAGUGUCAGCUGCGUGGAAAGUAAAUAAAAUACCAUUGGCAAUGUCGUAUUUUAUGUUUUGUAUUGGAAAAUCUUGAUAUUUCUAAUAUGCACCUACGCUCAGCUAAA